AUGUCGAACCAUAAGAUGUCUAAAGCAGAAUACUCCGACUACAACCGAUCCAGGUGCUACAACCCGAAGGUGCAUGUCUCCGGCUGGCACAACAUUCAACACGAUGAGACCUACAUACAAAACUACAACCGAAUGCGGGACUUCUACAUGGAGGCCUACCCAACGGAAAGAAUAAAUCAAAAGUACCAAAGUGCCAGGGCUGAUGGGGCACGAAAGAAUUUGUCUGACAAGCGGGUGAUUUUUUACGAAGAGGACGGGGCGGGUGAUUGGGUCACCGAAAGCAGACGCGCCUUUAAGGAGGAGAAGCGACGGAGUGAUGAUGUUUGCCAAGCAGUCACAACGGGGUGA